GGCUUAGAAGGGACCUCCUGUCCAGAAGUUUAGUUUGGAGCUUCUCCGGCGGGAAGAGACAUCGUUAUGUAGUAAAGUGCAGGUCUUAGGUGUUUUGUGAACGUUUCAAGGUCCUCUGUGAACUCUACCUAGAAAAAUGUCUGUUCAUGCAAUGUGCUACGAAAGUCAGUUCUUCGAGUUCACACCCCAGACAUGCAUACUCAGGGUGUACAUUGCUUUCCAAGACUACUUGUUUGAGAUGCUCUUAGUGGUUGAAAAGGUCAUCAUGAAAAAACUGGAGAGCAUGGAGGGGAGCAAAAUAAGCCAUUUCCAGAUUCGGGAGAGCACAGAAAAGUAUCUUAAUUUCAUAAAAGAACGUUUCAACAUUCUGUUCCAGAAAAUGGAAUCGUGGCUUUUAAAGCUAGUAUUGAGUAUACCUAGCAAUGUUCUGUUAUUGGAAGAUAAAGUCCACGCUCAGUACUCCUACAGUAAAGAAGAAUUUGAGCAUCUCCAAACUGAGACCGAAACUCUACAGAAGAAAUGCAAAGCAGAAAGCCUGGCAAAACAGAGACUGUUGGCAGAACUGGAGGAACAAAAACAAGUGCAAGCUGAAUUGGAAAAGACAUUAACUUGGUUUGAUGGCCUUGACAAAAUAUGUAGAGAGCAUGGAAACAUAGACUUAAAGGAAAGCUUUGGUUUUAUGACUCAGACAUCAAGGAAGCUGCAGGACAAAGUAAAAGAAAUAGAUAUGAAACAUAAAAAGCUUAAAGUGGAUGGGUCUACAUUGACUCCAAUUUGUCCUCGAAUUAGAAAACUAAAGUAAGAGGAAAAGUGUGUUAGAGGGUUUUGAUGCCUGUAUAAUUGUAAACACUUAAACACUGCAUUGUUAUAAAAUGUAUGUAUUUUUCUUUGUGUGUGUGUAUAUAUACAUAUGAUGUAUUCUAUAUAUAAACUAAUCUGACAAGACAGCAUUCAGUUGGGAAAUAAACUCCUGAUAUUUGUUAUAUGCAAUGCAAAAAACUGUAUUUUAAGCAUCUGUUGUUCAGGGAAGGAAUGCAUCAUCUGACUGGAAGACAAUUUGCCAAAUAUCUUAUCUUAGACUGAUCAAGCCUGGUAGAAGAUGGAUAAAGGGAUAUCAAGGCAAAACUGAAUUUAGCAUUUUAUUCUUCAAAAGGAUUUUGUAUUUCAUAUUAAAAAAGAAGCAAUUUAAUUGCUUAACUCCUUGUAUUAAAAUGUGCUAGACAAAUUACGAUAUUAAUUUUAAACUUUCAACAAAACCCGUGUAUAAACUGGGUGCUUUUGAUGUAACACAUUCUCUUUACUACAGGCCUUUUUGGGUGCCGUUACCAUAAAUCGCACAAUGUUCUUUAUUAACGGUGCCCAAAUGGAUAUGUCAGACUGUAGGUGACAAUUUGAAGGAGUUUUAUGGCCCAUUGCUUGCCCUAGGACUAUGCAUAGAUACUUUUCCUUUUGGUUUCUUACUUUACAUUACAUUAACAUUUAGUUAUAAAGCACCAACAUAUUCCGCAGCGCUGUACAAUAAGUUCUCUAAUCAUUAACAGUAGCCUUGUACUUGAUGGUAACUAAGUUGCAUGUUUCCAUAUUAAUUGCAAAACAAUCCUAUUGGGCUUAUUUCAAGCAUUCCUUUUGAGUGAAUUCAAGCAGACUAAGUGAAUUAAUUAAGAAAGAUUUCUUAUCCAGGUCCCAAGCAUUCUGGGUAAUAGAUACUAUACCUGUAUCACUUUAGUACAGCCUGUUCUGUAAACUUGUGCUGUGUUAGUUUAUUAACCACUCCUGUAUAGUAUGCAGUAUUAUAUGACCAGUGUAUUUGUAUGUGACUUUUCUUGUAGAGUAAAACACAACUUUUUUUUUCCCUGAA